UCUCGUCUCAAUGGCUGCUCCUCCACAGCCGCAUGCUCUGGUCUUUCCAAUGGAUGGGCCUGGCCAUUUCAAUGCUCUACUCUCGCUGUCGGAUCGACUAGCGGAUGAAGAACACGGGUUGCAGAUCACUGUCGUUUUGCCCCAAGUCACUGUGGAUCGAAAUCGGGCUUCUCUGGAGCGAGAACAUCCGCGGAUGGGCUUCGUUGGCGUCCCCGACGGCCGCGCAGACGUGGGAUUCAAGUCGAUUGGUGAGGUUUUCAAGUCGCUUGACCGAAUGCAGGAGCCGCUCGAAGAUCUGCUGCAGAGUCUGGAUCCUCCGGCCACUCUGAUCAUCGCGGAUGGCUUCGUUGGGUGGAUGCAGGACGUUGCGGACAAAUUCGGGAUCCCUAGAGUCUGCUUCUGGGCUUCCUCUGCAACCUGCGAGAUCCUGUACUUCAACUUGCCGUUUCUCAUCUCCAGAGGCUACGUUCCUCUAAAAGAUCCAGAAAACGCAAACGAGCUGAUCACGAUCAUACCCGGGCUACAUCCAGCUCGCCGCAAGGAUCUCCCACACUGCUUUCUCCAUGAAGCUCAGGGAUUAGAGUUGAUGACCAGCUUCAGCCAGCGCACAGUGGAGGCAUUGUGCGUGAUCGGCAACACAUUUGAGGAGCUAGAAGCUGAAGCAAUCGCAGCGAACCAAGAGAAGCUGAGAUACUUCCCAAUCGGCCCCCUGCUGCCUCCGUGGUUCUUUCAGGAUGAGCAUUUGCCUGAGCCCACAGAAGAAGGCGAUGUGAGCUGCAUCGACUGGCUGGACAAGGAAUCUCCAGGCUCGAUUCUCUACAUCGCAUUCGGCAGCGGGGCUCGCCUCGCCACAGAGCAAGCGGAUCGACUUCUAAAGGCGCUGGAAGCUGCGAAGUUUGGGUUCUUGUGGGUCUUUAAGGAUCCAGACGAUGACGCGCUUCUCCGGAAGGCGCAAUCGCUCGAAGGCGGCAGAGUCGUCCCCUGGGCGCCGCAGCUGCGCGUCCUGCGCCAUGAUUCAGUGGGCGGAUUUUUGUCUCACAGCGGAUGGAACUCGACUAUGGAAGCCAUUUGUUCCGGGGUGCCGCUUCUCACCUGGCCACGGUUCGCCGAGCAGAAUCUCAAUGCCAAGAUGGUGGUGGACAAGUGGAAGAUCGGAUUGGAGAUCAACAAUGACGAUCCAAAUGCGCUUGUGGAACCGGACAAGCUGGUGCAAGUGAUGAAUGCGGUGAUGGAUGGGGGUCAGGUUUCCAAAGAGCUCAAGGCGAAUGCAAUGAAGCUAAGCGAGGCUGCUAAAGGAGCUGCGAGUCAGGGUGGAUCCUCCCACAAGAACUUGCUGGAGUUCAUCGAGUACAGCAAGAAUCAAGCAAAGAAACAGCAAGGCUGAUUCACAGUUACAUCUGAAACUCGUGAAAUGCCCCGGAUCGGCUCUUUAUGAGCAGGUGUCUGAUGAGCUUUCUGGACGAUUAGUACAUUUCAGGAUCACUCUCAUUCUAUCUCAGGCUAUGAUUUGUGAGAGACCUGGUGCUUGGCAGCGAGACCAGGGUGUCGGCCAUUCAGCAAAGCCUUAGAGGCGAAUGAUCGAAUGCUGUAUCCUGUUGAAGAGAUGAUGAAGACCCUGGAUCUUCCAGCGGAUUUGAUCAUCUCGGUCAUCCUACGGACUCGGGAGGGCGUUCUUGCAAACACUGGAACAAUCUCCGCAUGUCGAAAUCCAUGUUGGCCCCUUGAUCACUACUCCGCUGCUUGGACCAGCUUCCACUCUGUACCUUGCACGGAAGCGUGACUGUUCUAUCCAAGAGCACUCCACUUUGCGGUGGCAUGACUUUUAUUGGGUUGUUAUCGACGGUGCGUCGGUCUUCUUUAUAGUGACUAGUCGUUGACUUCCAUGUUGGGCCUCGCUGUGGCCGUCUACAUCAUAAUCGUGAAGGUCGUAUUCAGUC